CAUCAUCUUAUGUUGCUAGGCUCAGAUGUGUCCCCAAAGUCGAAAGUUGUUCUAUUUGUGUUUGGAGUGAAGAGAUUUCUAUCCCACACAAGCUUACUGAAAAGCCAAUCAUUUUAGAAGACACCGUUAAAAUGAUCUCACAAGGAAAGAGAAGCAUCUUCCUAAAAUGGAUGAUAACACAAAACAGGAAUACCAUGGGAUAUCACAUAAGCAUCCGAAGAAUCCCCAGCUAUUGCACCAGAUCCCUCAACAUAACAGAGAACUGGCUAUAUCUGAAUCUUUCCAUGGCUUAUUACAGAAUCAAAAUCUCUGCCUAUAACGAAGCAGGAGAAUCCCCGGCAGUUACAUAUCUGGUUCCAGAAUUCACUACAGAGUAUUAUUCAGUUGGAAAAAAUGAUUUACCUGACCAGAUCAAUGUCUCAAAUAAUCAAAAUCAUACGGUUGUUUCUUGGAAUCUAAAGUACACUCCAAAGCGCAUUGUGAUUGACUGGGGGACAGGAAUUGAAAACAUGGACUUGGAAAUAAUAUCAGGACGUAUGAAAAAGAAAACACUAGGUCAACUCCAACCAUAUCGGUUAUACAAGGUAAUGUUGCAUGCAUUUCAUGGUUCUUGUGAGGACUUCCUGAAGCAUGAAUGGACAUUUGGCAUGACAUACUUCUAUGCGCUGGAAGGAGUUCCCAGGACAGGUCCAACUAACGUGACAAUUCCAGUUGUCACGAAGCAUUCGGCUCUUGUGAAAUGGACGGAGAUACCUGCACAAGAGCGCUUGGGAUUCCUUCAGUCUUACAGAAUUCACUGCAUAGAAAUCCCCAAAAAUGUCUCUUUGACUGUGGUUGUCAAUUCUUCAACAAAGCAAUACCUCCUGACAGAACUUAAUGCAAAAACUGUUUACACAGUACAUAUCUCAGGAAUCACAAAUGAAGGAGAAUUUGAAAGAAUGCUUGCUGGCCUUUUUCUUGGGACCAUAGUAAUCAACACACUCUUUUUCACCAUACUUUAUGUUUUAGUAUAUAAAAGAUCUAGAGAAAUGUGUUGGCCAGUUGUCCCAAAUCCACGAUACAGCAGUGCUAUACAGAAUAUGGAAAGCACCUUUCCAGUGGCUCUCCUUGGACCUGAUUUACAGCAGUUGCUUUCAUCUCAACCAUGUAACAGAGAGAACAAAAUUUAUGUGGAAGAAAACCAUUCCCUUAUAAGGCAGGGUUCCCCUUCAGUGGACACAGCUACAGGGGAGGUUUUGGCAGAACAACCUGAAGUGGUUGAAAUGGAAAAUCUGGAACCUAAUCUGCCUCCUUUGAACAAAUCGGAUGAAAUGAAUUCCAGGAAAAAAGGACAUGGUGCCCUUCUCACUGACUAUGUUGGAGUGGCCCUUAGUCACAGAGCCAUGCAGAAGUUCUCAGCAAGUCUUCCCUCAAGAGAAAUCUACCAUUUGCCCAGUAAUUUGGAAAGAAUCACACAACCAGCAGCAUAUGCUCCUCAGGGUUUCAUGAAACGUUUAAGAGGUGAUGAGGACAGCAACACUAUCCUCAAGAACCAAGCUGAAGUUGGAUCAGAAUCUUCUUAA